AAACUACAGAAAAAGUAUCAAUGGUGUCAUGUGACAUUCAAAAUGGCUACUUAUGAAUGGCAACCACUGCAGCGUAAUUAUGACUUAGAAUCUCAGAGAAAGUCAUUAGUUACUGAAGCAGCACUCUCACACCCUUUACAGAGCAUCACUGUUACAGAUGUGAAAGCAGAUAAAAGGGGAACCCAAGCUAAGAAAAAAGCAGAGGAUGUGAAGAAGUCUUCCAGUUUUAUUGAUCCCUUGAGUAGCCUAGGUCCCCUAGCUUCGUCUUUUGAAGGGUCAGAUCCAUUGUCUAAGAUAGCCUCACAAGGAAUUGACCAGGCUCCGCGUGGCACCAGAACAAAAUCAGAAGAUGGAUUGGAUGAAACAUUUGAACCGUGGUCAGCUAAAAAAGCUGGAAUCCUCACCAAAUAUACCACAUCUGAAAAAUUGUCCAUCACUACAAGUUUUCUAUCCUCUGCAGAUAAGGAGAAAAUGGUGAUAAAAAGUCAUGCAAGUACAACAGUAACUGAUAAAGUCCGGAACCGUUUGGAACAGCUGGAUGACUUCGAAGAGGGAUCAGUACAGGAGAUGCUGAAUCUAAGUCAACAGGAUUAUGUCAAACGUAUUGAAGAGCUGAACCAACAGCUGAUCACAGCCUGGGAGAAUGACCAGAGGGUCAAGGCUCUCAAAAUUGUAAUCCAGAGUGCCAAACUCCUGUCAGAUGUGUCUGUCAUCCAGUUCUAUCCCAGUAAAUUUGUGCUGGUCACAGAUAUCUUGGACACAUUUGGUAGACUUGUGUAUGAUCGUUUGAAGGAGAAAGCCGUUUAUAUUCCAGCUGGUAGUGGAGUAGCCAGAUCAUUACCAGAUAAUUUUACACCUGAUAUGGUGUCAGAAGGUGCCAAAGAAACCUGUCGCAAUUGGUUUUUCAAAAUUGCCUCAAUAAGAGAACUGAUUCCAAGGUUUUAUGUGGAAGUUGCCAUUUUAAAGUGCUACAGUUUUUUGAAUGUUGGAGAGUAUAACGAUGCUUUACAGAGACUAGCAGAUAUGAUCAGGGGGAUAGGUGAUCCCUUGGUGGCCAUAUAUGCCAGAUGUUAUUUGAGCAGGGUUGGUAUUUUGGUAGCCCCUCAAACCAGAGAUCACCUAAUGCCUUGUUUUGAUGACUUCCUAACAACUUACAGUCAAGUUCAUAGUGACACGGUACAGAACACUCUGGCCGUACAGAAGAUGGAGAUGCCUAGGUACCUCACCUUGUUCUCUCCAGCUCUGGACUGGCUUCUCCAGUGCCUGGCCAACAAAUCCUCAGAAAAAACUCUGAUGGAAGUACUCCAAAAAUCUAAGAAACAUUGUAAUAGUGCCUUGCUCCUGAAUUCCAUCAUUUCAGCAUUCAAACCUGAGUUUGUUGCUGUUAGAGCUGUGCAAUUUACUGACAUGAUCAAGGAGUGUGAAGAUACAGGAUUUCCAAAGCAUUACCUGUAUAGAACUCUGGGCCUCUGUCUUGUAAUGGCUGACCCACCAGAAGACCAGCAGCUCACUGUACUUAACGAAGUCUGGAAGACAGUUAUGAAACUAAAAAACCCAGCAGAUUAUAUUGGUUGUUCAGAGAUUUGGAUAGAGUAUGUUGUAAAACACUUUGGGAAGAAGGAAGUGAACAAAAUCCUAGCCGACAUAAUUAAACACAUGACUCCAGAUCGGGCGUUUGAGGACUUCUACCCCCAGCUACAGUCUGUGGUUACCAAAAUACUGGCACACAUACACGAUUUCUCUGUCCUCUUUUCCAUAGACAAAUUUUUACCUUUCAUUGACAUGUUUCAAAAAGAGUCAGUUAAAGUAGAAGUGUGCAAAAACAUCAUGGAAGUUUUUGUAAAGCAUCAGGUGGAACCAACGAAUGAUCCUGUGAUAAUCAACGCCACUAUGUUUGUUUGUAAAACCAUGCAUGACUCUGUGAAUGCUCUCACACUGGAUGAUGAGAGAAAAAUGAUAAGCAACCUGAUCGCUGGCUUUAUCCGUAAUAUUUCCUUUGGGAGAGAUUUUGAACAACAGCUGAGUUUUUAUGUGGAAUGUCGAUCAUCAUUUAGUAACCUUGAUCAAGUCUUGGUUCAACUUAUACAAAAUGUGAACGAUUUAUCAAUGGAAACAAGGAGAGUUGUCAAGGGAAACCACUCCAGAAAAACUGGAAACUUUGUCAGGGCUUGUGCUGCCUACUGUUUCAUCACCAUUCCCUCGAUCCAGUCCUCCGUGGCACAGCUACAACUAUACCUCCUGUCUGGGCAGUGUGCUCUCUUAAAUCAGUGCUACAGUCAAGCUGAUGCUUUCUUCAAGGCUUUCAUCUCUUUGAUCCCCGAGAUUCCCAAAACCUUGCAGGUAGAUGGUAAGACCAGAUCUACGGAGCCAAUACUGGUGGAGCACAUCUAUAACUUUUUGUCUACAUUACUCAUUGUUCCUGAUAAUCCAGAUGCAGGAGUACUGUACUUGUUGCGUGGUCUGCUAAACAUUCUACAGAACUACUUGUGGGAGACACAAACUGACUACAAGGUGCUGGUCUAUACCAGAGUGCUGGCUCUACUGUCCGCCAUGAGUCAGGACUCGUACCUAUAUCAUGCAGACAGAGUUGAUUCCAAUGAUUCUAUGUAUGGGUCGGACCCCAAAUUUUUGAAUGAAUUAAAAAGCAUGUGCAGUACACUGGUGGAAGAAGUUUUAAGCUAUCUCAAAACAUUAGCACAAUCUGAGUUGUACAAACGACAGUGUCUAGUUUCAUUGGAGUUAUUUCAGACCAUUGUGUGUCAUGGGGACAUCAGGGAGCCAAGUUUAUUUUCUCUGGCCACUAAACUUUGGGGACUAGCACAAAAACAUGGAGAAUUGGACACCAAAAUAAUGGUUCGCUGUUUAAAUGGUGUCAAGAGUAAAGCAGCAGCAUCUACCAUCAGAGAAUACACUGAGCUUGCAAGCAAACUUUCACUGGAAUCCAGAACAUAGUGCAAUUCUGUACAAAGAAAUUAAAAUGACA